GUCUGAGCCGCGUUCAGGAGUCUUAAAGUUCGGGUUUAUCGCUGCAGGCGAGUCUCACGCGCCGAACCCUCUGCUGGCGGCACAGUGACAAAGAAUCUUAAAAUAUAUUCAACCUGCUCAAUGAAUUCUGUCACUUCAGGGAAAUGACAACUGUUUUCAAGUUGGCCGAUAAAGUCGCUGCUGUGUGGGCGAGUGAACAGCGGAAUAUUCUACAUGUUUCAGACGUUGGCCGGGUGGAAGAGGCUUUUAAAAGAGUUUGAGCGGUACUCCAACCACAAAAGACCCGACUGCAAAAGAACAGACCUGCAACCCAUUUGUAAACAAACCCACCCGGUGAAUUGAACCCGUCCGAGCUAGAAGAAAAUUUGUUCGAGAUGCAAAUGACGGUGGCCUUAAGGGACAGUUCACACAACAACUCUGCCGGUGUUCUAAUGACAGCGACCAGAACUCGGUUCGGAGCAGCGGACCAAACACACGUCUGUGUCGCCGUCUCCAUUAGCGGCUCGUUGCAGGUAAACAAGCGCACGGCUCACACUAAUUCGGCGUAAUGAUGAGUUGUAGUUUUGGCACUUUAUGCCCUAAGUAUAAUUGUAUGACGUCAUAUUUAUUACGUCAUUUAUAUUGCCGGUCCGUGAAAAUAAUUUCUGACACGGAACCGGUCCGUGGCUCAAAAAAGGUUGGGGACCACUGACCUAGAGCUGCCCCUGUUUUGACAAGCGUUUCCUCCUUUACUUCAACCACAUGCUGAUACUACAUUACACCGACACACACACACGCACGUACACACACAUACAAACACGUACACAGACGUAGGCCUACUGCUAGUUGAGCAAACAAGCCGCAGACACCCCACCCCCUGCUGUGACGUCAUAAACCUGCACAUCUUUGUCAGCCUUAACAGCUGCUUCACACACACACCGGCGGAGGAACUCGGGAUCAGUCUGAUUCGAAUAAUUCCGACGUGGGAAACGGGAAGGAGCGAUUUACGUCCCCCCGGGCAUAUUAAAUGGAUCGUAUUAGUAAUGGUUUCCUAUAUAUAGGGUAGGGCUUACAGAUGAUUUCAACUUCUUUUUAAAUGCAGCUACUGAGGGUGUGUCUGGUUCAUUGUUACAACUACGGCAAGCAGGAUGGGCCAAACGCGCUCGGCUCUUUCGCACACCGCCGACAUUCCGAGCGGAGCGGAGUGGAAAACAGGCGAAGCAGCCCAGCGGCUCCGUGUCUGCGGGGUUAGGAACGGAGAGAAGCGUCGGACUCACCAGUCAAACAGGAAUCCGAUGAAAAAUAAAGUGCUGUCGUGUCUGGGAAGGAGGAAGCGAGACAGCCCAACAGAAGCGGCUUCAGGUUGCGGAAACGAAGCCGGAGAUCCAGCGGCGCGCCGCGAGCACAGAGUAGGAAAGUUGCCGAGGGACGCGGUUGUCUCGGCGGUCGAGGAACACGGAGCAUCCCCGCCGGGUGGUUUUGAGUCGCCAUCCGGCCUCGAGAAUAAUGUCGAAGCUGUCCAACACGUCGUGAACCGAGAGGCAGCGGCUGGCUCGUCCGAUGAAGCCGGAGGAGCGGGCUGCGAGGAGCCACACUCCCAGCGGGAAGACGAUGCCUCGGGUCCCCCGACGACGGCCAUGGAAGACCAGCCACGGGGGGGAAGCGAGCGGGGUCGUGUCGUGUCUGAGGCGCUGAGUCCGGACACGCUGCUCCCUUCGGACGCCGAGGGGACUUUCUCCGGCUUAUCCCCGGAUCAACCGUUGGAUCGCGGACAGACAUUAACGGACGUCCCCGCUGAGGGUAACGUGACCAAACGUGGCUGCAGUAACGUGUCGGGUCGGGCCCAAGCGGCCGGGGACCCAAGCAAGUGUUGUCCGGUUGAGAGCCGAACGGACUCCGAUCAGCCCCCUCGUGGUCCCCCAGAGGGACACGGUUUCCAAGGACUCAUACCGAAACUCAUCAUUACGAGAGACCCCAGUCCGACCCGCUCUCAGGGGACACCGCCGCCGCUGAGCGUCCGAUCGGAGCUCAGCAGCGGCUCGUGUCUGGACCCUCACCCGGACGACGAGUCCCCCUGCUCGGACAGCGGCUGCGGAGGGUCCCCUGCGCUGAUGCGGUCACUGAGGAAGCUGUCCAACUCCUCCUCCAUCGGCCUGUCCUCCGCCUCGUCCUUCGAGGAGUCCGAGGACGACUUCACCGGGAGCGACAUCGAGUCCAGUCUGUCUCCGGCCCGGUCCAUGUGUGGCCCCGACGAUGGGAUGGGGAAUAAGUCCUGGCAGAAACUGAAGACCAUGGUUCACCGGUCCCCCUUCGUCGUGUCCUUCAAGAAGCGUUACCCAUGGGUGCAACUGGCUGGCCACGCAGGUAACUUCCAGGCGGGGGAGUACGGCCGCCUGCUGAAGCGAUACUGCGAGUGUGAGCAGCAGUGCCUCCAGAAGCUGAUGAAGGACACGCUGCGCCCCUAUGUGCCGGGUUAUUAUGGGAUAGUACAGCGAGAGGAGCAGGAUUAUAACCUGAUGGAUGACCUGCUGGCUGACUUUGACUCGCCCUCCAUCAUGGACUGUAAAAUGGGCAGCAGGACGUACUUGGAGGAAGAGCUAAGUAAAGCCAGAGAGCGUCCACGGCUGCGGAAGGACAUGUAUGAGAAGAUGGUGGCGGUGGACCCCGGGGCCCCCACGGAGCAGGAGAGGGCCCAGCAGGGAGUCCUCAAACCCAGAUACAUGCAGUGGAGGGAGACCCUCAGCUCUACAGACACUCUCGGGUUCCGCAUCGAAGGCAUUAAGAAAGCUGACGGGACGUGCAACACCAACUUCAAGAAGACGAAGCACAGGGAGCAGGUGAUGCAGGCCUUGGAGGACUUUGUUGCUGGCAACACUCAGAUCCUGAAACUCUACCUGCAGCGGUUGGAAGAACUUCGCUCAGCCCUGGAGCAGUCGCACCUUUUCAGGACGCACGAGGUCGUGGGCAGCUCUUUGCUCUUUGUGCACGACGCCUCGGGGAAGGCCAAAGUGUGGAUGAUCGACUUUGGGAAGACGGUUCCCCUGCCGGACCCUCAGACCCUGGACCACAGGACUCCCUGGAUGGAGGGCAACAGGGAGGACGGCUACCUGUGGGGCCUGGACAACCUCAUAGAGAUCUUCAGCACCGUGCUCCCACAGACAUUGUGAGACGGAGACUCGGAAGACUCCAAUAAAACAUUGAUGUCCAGAUGAUGGAAGAGAUGCAAGAAAAGAAAAUAGGAGAUUACUCAAACUGAGACUGACCAAGUAUCCAAGUGUCUUCAUCCCAUGUUGCCUGUGUCAGAGGAGAACACAUUCGAUCACAGGAUUGUGGACGAUGCCAAAAGCCAAACUUCAUGCGGGUGGAACUUGGGGACAGAUGAGUUGAGGCAAACAGUCGGAGAGAAGAGAAAGAGGGAGACCUGAAUGCAGAACGGUAACUUCAGUCACAUGGACUGUUGAGAGUACAGACUGAAUUCAUGGACCUGGCAGUCACGUUUUUCUUGCAGAGACACGCACGUUGCUCAUCUUCCUCCUCAACAGCGCCCCCUGUUGGUCAGAGUUGCACACGGCACUCUCCCAGCCAUGAGCCUGAGCGGUGUGAGACUCCUUCACGCAGCCUUCGAGGAGCAUUGGGAGUAAUUAUGGACCAUUUUUUUAAUGUUUGAGUAUAUAGCAACACUAAAGCCCUGGUUAGAACAGGUGUUAACUAACUCGGUGUGUAAAUACAUUUUUAUUUAAUUUUUUCGGGCCUUGGCAUAACCUCCCUACCUUGUUUGUCCGAUUUUUGUGCCUAACAUUUUUAGAACGAGCUGUUCGGUCGUUCCAGUGCAGCGGACUCCUGCUAUUCUUUCUUCCAAAGAGUUCUCUUCCGCUUAUUCACUGCUUUGCAUAAUAGCAUCCCAAAGUUUUUGCAGAAAGGUUUUUUUCUACAUUUUUAUUUUCUGUGUGAAUCUUUUAGCUUUUUUUUCCUCAUUUAACUGUACAGUAAGCAGCUGGGCGGCCAUGUGUGUCUGGGCUGUGUUGCACUAAUGAUCCUCACAAAGCCAUUGAACAAAUCAAGUGUGUCUUAAAAUGGGAAGCAGCAGUCAAGUCCUGGGUUUACAGACGCGGACGAGUAGACGUUGAGAACAUGGAUUUAAUCUGCCGUUGCCACUUCAAUCUCUGAUCAGUAUUGCUUUAGUUUUGCAGGGAGUUUUACAGCAAAGCAGUAAUGUGAAGGGAGACAUGAAACUGGAAUCACCUGAUUAUGUCAGGGCUGUUUAGGUUUUUGUGAGGUUUCACUUGUGUAUAAGCUGAAAUUUGAUCUUAACUGGAAAUUUUAAAUGUGUCUUCUGAUUCAACGACGACACAUAAGCCGAAGAAUGUCCCUUUCAAAGACGUUGCUGUAAAGCUUUUAGCUACACGACACGCGUGCUUUGCAGGGUUGGAUCUUUUUUUAUGCAGGAUGGAGUGUUUACAAAGAAACAUGGUUAUGUUUAGAUAUCGCGUCACGGUGCUUCUGAGCAUGCGUGUCAUCCCCUGACUGGAAUCAGCAGGUUGGUAAAAAGGACAUCCUCCAGUAUUCACGGCGUCCUUUGUCGGCGUCGGGCAGCACUGUUUGUGCGUGACGGCCGACUCCAUACAAUUUGGAAUUCAAAUUUAGGAAGUCCGUUUUUUCCAUUUCGUCAGAGUAAACUGACUGGGAGUGAGGAUUAAUCUAGUGUUUACAAAAUUAUUAUAUUUCUUUGCCCACAAACCCUCUUUAUUUGCAAGGUGGCAAACUAUCAGGUUUUCAAAGAGGGUGCUGCUGUAUUAUUUAGAAAACUGGAUUCAUAACCAGGUUUUGUAUUCUUAAAAAGGCAUGCUGGUGAACAUUUAUAUUAAUUCCCUGCUUUUUGUCCAGGUCAUGGAUGCAAUAAACUGGAAAUAAGAGUU